AUGACUGCCAGGAUCUACCACCCAGAGGCUUCAUCUAGCCUCAAUGGAAAGAUUCUCUAUCUACCUACCACAAUCUCAAAUAGCUUCUUCCCAUCUCACGACAGCAUAAUUUCGACUCUCUCUAAAAUUACGUCUUCAACGAUCAUAUACCCCGUCCCACCCGACACCCCCGAGCCCUUCCCGCAAAGCAUUCACAACCUCCUUCGUAUCUAUGAUGCCACUACCGAUAAGGCGCCGACGGCCAUAGUAACUUCAGGCAUAGCAGCGACCACGGCCACUGCGAUGGCGAUGACCGAGCCAAACAUCAAAGGAAUCGGUAUCUGGAGCGGAAUCUUCGACCUCACAAAGUCCUCCGCGACCUCAACCCGCUGGAACCGGCCUCUCGAACACUGGGAGCACCUCCCGACCAAUGCACUCCCGCCAGUCCCGGAAUCAACCAAUUCCCUCGCAAUAACCCGAGAUGAAUUCAAGGCGCUGCGGCGCCACUACUAUCCUAAUCCGGAAACGUGGUUGGACCCGUUUGCGAGCCCGUUGGCCUUUUUCAUGGGAUCAAAUGUGAUAUUCUCGCGCAUGAAUUUGACCGAGAUCAUGGGCGAGGACAUACGUCAGAAGAUGGCGGGAAUGGUCAGUUAUAGUGAGAAUGACUGGGAGGCGGAGGUGUAUAUAUAUCCGCGCAUCGACUUGAUGUUACGGACAUGGAACUCAUUCCCACCGGCUAGUAGGAGGGGGGAUUUCCCGAAGAUUCGGAUUGUCGUGCCGGAGAAGGAGGAGGGCGCGGAGGAGAAUGGAAAUGAUGUUGCCUUUGCGCAGGCAGAGAAAUUUGGAAAAACUGCGAGAAAGGGGCUGGCAAGUUGGUUGAAACCAAGGCUACGGUCAACGACGAAUUCGCCGGGUAUCUCGGCGAGUACGCCGACAUUAGAUGCGGAGUUAGAUGAGGAAACGGAGGCCAAGUCCGAGGCAGAAAUGAUAGUUCAAGUGGACACAUUAUCCAAGGAAGAUACUGGAGUAGAGGAGGUGAGCCUGAUGGCACGUUGGAUAAGAUGGGUACUUGAAGGGCCGUCGGCAAACCAACUAGCGCUAGCAUAG